AUGCCAUCUCAUCUAGCUGGCGGAGCUUCUCACAGAAGCGCCAAUCGCCUCCUGUGCAGAGGCCGUCUAAAUAUACGACAUAGCCAUGUUGACUCCAGGCAAAGGAUCAGCAAGAUCUGGAUCCCUCCGGUGAAGCUUAACCAACAAGCUGUUGUCAAUGAUGCCACAACACUUCUCACCAAAGCUGGUUAUGUCAGUCAGGCAUACGCUGGUAUUUUCCAUAUGCUUCCUCUUGGUCUCAGAGUGCAAGAAAAGCUUGAGAGGCUCAUAGACAAACAUAUGAAGCUCGUUAGUGCCUCCAAGGUCGCCUUAUCCUCGAUCUCUUCGCAAGAGUUAUGGAGGAAAUCCAAGAGACUUGGCAAGUCUUCCGAGCUCUUUAAAUUCAAGGAUCGCAAAGACACUGCAAUGCUACUCUCCCCGACCCACGAGGAAGAGAUCACAACAUUAGUCUCCCAGUUUGUUCAAUCUCCAAAGCAGCUGCCAGUACGGGUGUACCAGAUUGGGAGAAAAUAUAGGGAUGAAAGGCGUCCAAGGGGUGGAUUACUCCGUGGACGAGAGUUCACUAUGAAGGAUCUGUACACUUUUGAUCCAACCCUCGCGGAUGCCCAUAAAACAUACGACCAAGUUAGAGCCGCCUAUAGAAGCUUCCUCAACGAGCUGACUAUUCCAUACAUCGAAGCUCAAGCUGACUCGGGCGACAUGGGAGGCGACUUGAGCCACGAGUACCAUUUUCCCAAUGAUGCUGGCGAAGACACGGUUAUCACAUGCACAUCAUGUGACAUCGCAAGAAAUGAAGAAUACGUUUCGCGUAAUACCUUCCCUCCUACGCGCAUCGAAUGCAUCCCAGAGACAAAUGAAUCACCACUUGGAGCACGAGUGGUCCAAGAAGACUAUCUCGGCCAACGCGGAACCGAUCUUGUUCGAGCUUUUGCACAACGGCCAAUUGAGGGUGAAUCUGCAAGAGACGCGCCCCAAGAGUGGAUCAACUCUUAUGCCGUGAAGGCCGUCCUCAAAGAUGCUCUGGACGUGGACACAGGUGUUGAAGAAGCUGCGGAGAAAUUCGCUUCUUCCCAUCGGAGCUCUGUUGGAGUCGACCAAACUCAAGCAGCGGACAUGCACCGCAUCUUCUACGUGCUUGACCAGACAGUGUCUCCUCACGAGAUUCAGACCGUGUUGGCUGCUGAUGUACGGCAAUAUCCAAACGGCGUGGAGUUUUUCAUUGUGGACUCUAAACCCAAUGACACUGCUCAAAUUGAUCUACUGCGACUUCGAGAUGGCAAUAAUUGUCCUGAAUGCAAGGAGGGCAAACUGAAAAUGCACAAGGCCAUUGAGAUUGGUCACACAUUCCACCUAGGCAGACGCUACAGUUCAGUUCUGGACUUCAAGAUCCGUGAGGAUCACGAAAAGAACAGCCCUCUGACCCCUGUGGAAAUGGGCUGUCAUGGCAUCGGUGUAACCCGACUGAUCGCAGCUGUGGCAUCUUGUCUAAAGGACGAGAAGGGACUCAACUGGCCUAAGGUUAUUGCACCCUUUGAGGCUAUCAUUCUGAGGUCUGAUGAGUUCAAAGAACCGGCAGAACAGCUGUAUGAUGAAUUGUCGAGUUCCGAGCAUGGGGUUGUGGAUGCUGUCCUCGACGAUCGAGAUGUCUCUCUACCAUAUAAGAUGAAAGACGCAGAUAUGAUUGGCUAUCCUGUGCUGAUUAUCCUGGGUAAGGCAUUCUCGAAAGAGGGCCUAGUCGAAAUCCAGUGUCGACGACUUAAGAUCAAGGAAAAGGUGGCGCGCGAUCAAGUAACGAGCUUUGUUCAAGACGUGCUUGCAAGACUGUAA